AUGCACAACCUACUCUCGGGCGGCAAGAACAAGUCGCACUUGUCGAUCAAGGAGGCGCUGUUACCGCAACCGCCCUCGUUCGUGAAGAAGAGGAACUAUGAGAUACACGCGAAGCUGGGAGAAGGGACGUUUGGCAAAGUGAUGCGAGCGACCUGGCACGUCCCUCCCGAACAAGCCCGCGUCGCGCAGUACGGUGCCGCCAUAUCCCCGCCUGCUCUGCCCACCGAAUCCAGCGCAUCCUCUUCGUCGAACCUCAGCACGCACUCUAGCGCUUCAGGGUCAUCCGCGACGUCCGGCGUCUCCGCGGGAUACUUCAAUGAAUCGCCGGGCAAGCCAUCGGGGCUCACGAAGGAUGUCGCGCUGAAGGUCAUACCGAAGAAAAAGGUGAAGGGGAAUGAGGCGAGCGUAUGGGGUGAGAUGGAGGUGUUGAAAGGGUUGGAUCACCCGAACAUCGUGAAAUUCUACGAAUGGUUCGAGUCGCGGUCGAAGUACUACCUUUCCUUCGAACUGGCGACGGGCGGAGAGCUGUUCGACCGGAUAUGUCAGAAAGGAAAGUUCACCGAGAAGGACGCUGUGCACGUGGUGCGCUCCAUCCUAUCCGGCGUCAAGUACCUGCACGACCACGAUAUCGUCCAUCGCGACCUGAAACCGGAGAACAUCCUCUACCGCACGCCAGACCCGGAUUCGGACAUCGUCAUCGCAGACUUUGGCAUCGCCAAGCACCUGCACUCCACCGACGAGCAACUGCAUUCUCUCGCCGGAAGCUUCGGUUACGUCGCACCCGAAGUACUGAACAAGGCUGGGCACGGAAAGCCCGUCGACGUCUGGACAACAGGCAUUAUCACCUACGUGUUGCUGUGCGGCUACUCCCCCUUCCGAUCCGAAGACGUGAAGGACCUCGUGCGCGAGACGACGGAGGCCAAGAUCGAGUUUCACGACCGAUAUUGGAAGAACAUCUCUGAUCAAGCGAAAGCGUUUAUCAGGCGCUUGCUGCAAGCCGACCCGUCCAACCGGCCCACGGCCGCGGAAGCAUACAAUGACCCGUGGCUCACGACGUACGAACCCUCGUCCGAAGAAGACCUCCCCGGCCUGCGCGAGAAUUUCGACGCCAAGUCCAAGUGGCGCCAGGUCAUCGGCUCCGUGCGCGCCGUGCAGCGCAUGAGCACGCUCUCCCGGCGCGCGAGCCAGUCGAGCAUGAGCAGCACCGCGAGCGAGGCCAGCGGCGGGUGGCGCGGCGGCGCCGGCGAUGAGGACGACGACGACGACGACGACGAAGGGCAGGCGCAUAAAGUGCCGGACGACCCGGGCUCGAACGAGCACGUAAACGUGCUGCCGCCCGAGGAGGACGGGGACACGAGCGAGGUGCUCCGGAGCACGCCGCCGCAGCCCGGUCCGUCGAACUCGCCCCCUCAGGACCGACAACAACGAGAGGCGGGCGUUCGGGCGCGGGACAUGAACGUGGGCGCGUCGCGGCCGGAGGCGCACGCGCUGAAGCACGAGCAGGCGGAGGACGCGCCGCCGGCGCUGCACGAGAUGGGGAAGGAGGACGUGUCGACGCCGAUCGAGGUCACGGACAAGCGCGAGCGGCUGCACAAGCAAACGGAGGACGAGUACCUGCAUAUACCCGGGACGUUUCACCACGGAGAGGAAGAGGCUGACGCGAGCGGGCUCGCUGUGCAUGAGGGAUUGUGGAGUCGGCUCGCGAAGCAUUUGCGCAUACAUUCAUGAACGAGGGGACGGAUAUCGAUCUCCGACUUCUGCUUGCCCUAGACGUUGAGGGGUGAUAUAGGUAUUCUUGUUUAUGCUAUCCUGUGGGCUUUGGUGCUGUUCAGCGCUGUGUGCCGUUUGGUUUGUAUGAUAUGUAGCAACGCGGUAAGAUACAUUCGUCCAGCUGCUAGACAGCAUAAUAAACCCUGUUCCU